GCAUCCCGGGGACCACCUGGCCGCCCUGUCUCUCCCGCCCGGUAAUGCUUCUGCACCCCGCCGCCUGUCCGUCUGCAUUCCUGCCUCAGUUUCCCUCUGUCUCUCUGUCCCUCUUGCUGUAUAGGUUAGGGAGAGACAGGUUGAGUCUCAAUUGCCCCCCUUGGCGUGGGGCUCUGCUUGGGACCAGCACCCCCACCCCUCCGUGGAAUCUAGUGGACUCUGCCCCCUUUAACUGCAGGGCCACAGGUGCUCAGGACAGAUUCCAGAACCCCGAGGGCAUUCCAGGAGGUGGGCAGCUGGGCCAGCCAUGCGGAGGUGGGCAUGAGUGUAGCUUUGACUGUAGCUUCUGGCUAAACCAGGCAUCGGUGGCGGGGAGCCAGGCCUAGGCCCGCCCAGGCCCACCCGGACUGGCCCCUAACGAACUCCCAAGUGGCCUGUGGGGCCGUGGCCUCAGUUUUGCCAGCUGUGAACUGGGACCGUCGCUGCCAAGGCCAUGGACACCUUCAACACCAAGAGUCUGGCUCUGCAGGCGCAGAAGAAGCUCCUGAGUAAGAUGGCAUCUAAGGCAGUGGUGGCCGUGCUGGUGGAUGACACCAGCAGCGAGGUGCUGGACGAGCUGUACCGCGCCACCAGGGAGUUCACGCGCAGCCGCAAGGAGGCCCAGAAGAUGCUCAAGAACCUGGUGAAGGUGGCCCUGAAGCUGGGGCUGCUGCUGCGCGGGGACCAGCUGGGCGGGGAGGAGCUGGCGCUGCUGCGGCGCUUCCGCCACCGGGCGCGCUGCCUGGCCAUGACGGCCGUCAGCUUCCAGCAGGUGGACUUCACCUUCGACCGGCGCGUGCUGGCCGCCGGGCUGCUCGAGUGCCGCGACCUGCUGCACCAGGCCGUGGGCCCCCACCUGACCGCCAAGUCCCACGGCCGCAUCAACCACGUGUUCGGCCACCUGGCCGACUGCGACUUCCUGGCCGCGCUCUACGGCCCCGCCGAGCCCUACCGCUCCCACCUGCGCAGGAUCUGCGAGGGCCUGGGCCGGAUGCUGGACGAGGGCAGCCUCUGAGCCCCGGGGCCGCCCGACCGCGCCCCUCGCGCCUUCUGGGGCUCUUCUGCUGGGCGCGGUGGGCUUUGUGGGUUUUUUCCACCUCUUUUCUCCCAAUCGGACUCCGGUCGAACUCCCCCAGACAGGUGGGUGACCUGGCCCCUUUGAGAGGACGCUGAGCCAUCUGUAGCAGCUGUUUCAGACACGGAUGUCACCUCUUCUCCUGGCUUCCGCCCAAUGGGGAGAGGAAUUUGGGGCCCUACUCUGGGGACCACCUUCCACCCCUAUUUGUACUUCCUGGGCCACGCCGACCCCUGGGUCGCUUGAUGUAAAAGUCAAAAGUUGCUGCUUCCCACUU